AUGCCGCUUAUAAGUCACACCUCAAAUAGAAAGCUUCCAGAACUAGUCAUAGCAAAACCUUAUAUCAAAAGAAAUUAACUAAGCGAGGAAACAGAAUUAGAAUAAAAAGAUGAAGAGGAGGAGGAAGACUCAUAAAAAACUUAAGAUUUGGACUUGGAUGGAGAUCAACUAAACAAUAGUGAGGAGAGAGAUUUGCUUGCUUCAAGAGAUGACUAACUAAACUCUUAAUCCGAGUCAAAUAACAUUGAUAUGGAUGAAAAGUCGUCUUAAAAGGCAAAUAAGCUUAGCCAGGAAGUUAGACAGCAUAUGGAAAUUCAGAAGAAAGAAGAAGAGAAGCAUUAAUAGUAAAACUCGACUAAAAAAGUGAUGAGUUUGAAAGAGAGUUUAAGAGAACUGAAAAACGACAUUAAAAAUAACAAGGAAAGAGGCCCUGAAAACAUUCAGCAGCUGAUUUACCAGAUCUCAAAAGGGUCAGAAUACCAAAAGCAAGAGGAAAAGAGAAACAUUCAGUUCGAAGUGAAGAGGCGCAUUACCUAGUACAGAAAAGAGCUCAAUCUCGAAAGAACAUGGGUCCACAUUGAUAUGGACAUGUUUUAUGCCGCAAUUGAAAUCAGAGAUGACCCAUCCUUAGCAGAUAAACCAGUGGCAGUAGGUGAAAUGAACAUGAUCCAAACAACCAACUAUGUUGCUAGAAAGUGGGGAAUUACUAGUGGGUUACCAGGAUUCAUAGGAAAGAGAUUGUGUUAGGAACUAAUUUUCGUGAAACCUAACAUGGCUAAAUAUAAAAAAGAGUAUGAGAAUAUUAAAAAUCUGUUGAUGGAAUUUGAUCCUUAACUUGAGACACCCAGUCCAGAUGAAUUUCUGUUAGAUAUAACAAAUUAUCUGAGGAAGAAUUAGAUGGAAGAUGACAUUGGUAGAAUUUUUGUUGGUGAUAAAAUUAGAAAACUUAUUUAAGAAAAAACUCAACUUACAGCAUCUUGCGGAGUGGCUUGCAAUAAACUACUUGCUAAAAUUUGCUCAGAUUUCAACAAACCAAAUGGAUAAACUUUCUUAUAACUUCAAUAAGCUGAGAUCGCAAACUUUAUGGAUAACUUACCUAUCAAAAAGCUGUAGGGGAUAGGUAAGGUAACUGAGAUGAUCAUGAAUGGACUUGGCAUUUUUACAUGUAAGGAUAUUGUUACCAAAGGCCGUGAGAUUUAUAUUAAUUUUACUGAAAAUGUGUUUGAUUUCUUAGUAAAGUCUGCACUUGGAAUUGGUAAAAACCUACAUGAUGAAUAAACUCAAAUCAAGAAAAGUCUAAGUGUAGCUGAGUCAUUUAAAACUAUUACUAUUUAUGAAGAAUUGAAAAAUAAAGUAAUUUAACUAGCUAAAGAUUUGGCCUAAAAGUGUGUCACUGAAUAAUUGCUGGGUCGUACUCUGACUAUGGAAUAUAAAACUAAAAAUCUUAUCAAUAAGCAAAAAUACACAUCUAAUAUCUAGCCCUAUAGAUCCUUCACAUCUAGUAUAUAUACUGAUACUGAAGAGGAAUUGAUAAACAUUUCUCUGAAAUUAUUUCAUCAAGUAUGGCCUUGUGAUGGAAUGAGAAUGAUUGGCUUAAAAUUGAUAAACUUAAUGCAUAAAGAGACAGGCUAAAUAUCUGAAAAACUGAUGAAGCCUUUUAUAAGAGGCCCAGGAUGGUGUAGGAAUGGAAAUGGUAAAAUGGAUAGACCAUUUUAUAAUCAUCAUUUCAACAACAAUGUCCAGCCAGUUAAGGCAAAUCCAAAUAAUCAAAAUAAAAAUGAAAAUACUACAAACUAAAAUUAAGAUGGAACAAAUAACUAAGAAAAUUAAGAAGGCAAAGAUAAUAACAGCACUGGAAAUAAUAACUAUAAUAACAGGUACAAUAACUACAACAAUGGUGGUGGCUACUACAAUUAAUUUGAAUAGAGAAAUUUCAGAAGAUUUAUUCCUCGAGAGAAGUUCUUCAAAAAUAGGAAAAUUGACCAGUAAAAUAAGAAAAAGCAGUAAUAAGGCAUACUAGAGUUCAUAGACUCAGAUUAUAAUUAGCUGUAUUAGAAAAAUAUGCAGUAAUACAACUAGUAGUAGCAGCAAUAUCAAAUACAAUAGGAACAACCAUAUAAGUAUUAGAAAAUUGAAUAUUCGUAUCCAAAUAGAUUACCUAGAUUAUACUACUGA